CAGAUCAGUUUUGUAUCCAUUGAAUGUGCCACUACUUCAACCCCAGGUCAAACUACUGAUGUGGGUCUUCCAAGUGACGGCAUCUACUGUCCAGACGACAUUGUAAUAAAUGUUAUAGCCGUCAACUAUACAGUGCCAGAAGUUGGAGUCAACCAGACUCUCUCAUGUAAACCUCCUCCAAAUACUCUUUUUGCUGAAAACAACAUCACAACUGUAAUUUGUAGUUCGACUGAUCAUGUGGCAAAUAUUACAAUGGAAUUGUGUGAAUUUACAGUGACAGUGGAUACUAUUGCUCCAAACGCUAGUUUUGCCAACUGUCCUGCUGAUGUUUUAACAAAUGAUGCUGUCGUAACCUACACGGAACCAACUGCUUCAGACGGUGGAGUUGAUCUAAGUGUGUCAUGUGACCCUCCAUCAGGCUCCACCUUCACUGAAAAUAAAAAUACAACUGUGUUUUGUACAGCGACUGAUGCUGCAAGAAACGAGGCGGAAGAAUUUUGUGUGUUUUUAGUAACUGUUGAUACCAUUUCGCCAAAUGCUACUGUUGCCAACUGUCCUGCUGAUGUCUUAACAAAUGAUGCUGUCGUCAACUACACAGAACCAACUGCUUUAGACGGUGGAGUUGAUCUAAGUGUAUCAUGUGACCCUCCAUCAGGCUCCAACUUUGCUGAAAAUAUAAAUACAGCUGUAACAUGUACAGCGGCUGAUGCUGCAGGAAACGAGGCAGAAGAAUUUUGUGUGUUUUUAGUAACUGUUGAUACUAUUGCUCCAAAUGUGACUUUUGCAAACUGUCCUGUUGAUGUCUUAACAAAUGAUGCUAUCGUCAACUUCACGGAACCAACUGCUUCAGACGGUGGAGUUGAUUUAAGUGUGUCAUGUGACCCUCCAUCAGGCUCCAACUUCGCUGAAAAUACAAAUACAACUGUAACAUGUACAGCGACUGAUGCUGCAGGAAACGAGGCAGAAGAAUUUUGUGUGUUUUUAGUAACUGUUGAUACUAUUGCUCCAAAUGCGACUUUUGCCAACUGUCCUGCUGAUGUCUUAACAAAUGAUGCUGUCGUCUACUUCACGGAACCAACUGCUUCAGACGGUGGAGUUGAUUUAAGUGUGUCAUGUGACCCUCCAUCAGGCUCCAACUUCGCUGAAAAUACAAAUACAACUGUAACAUGUACAGCGACUGAUGCUGCAGGAAACGAGGCAGAAGAGUUUUGUGUGUUUUUAGUAACUGUUGAUACUAUUGCUCCAAAUGCGACUUUUGCAAACUGUCCUGCUGAUGUCUUAACAAAUGAUGCUGUCGUCAACUACACAGAACCAACUGCUUCAGAUGGUGGAGUUGAUUUACAGGUGUCUUGUGACCCUCCAUCAGGGUCCACCUUCGCUGAAAAUAUAAAAACAACUGUAACUUGUACAGCGACUGAUGCUGCAGGAAACGAGGCAGAAGAGUUUUGUGUGUUUUUAGUAACUGUUGAUACUAUUGCUCCAAAUGCGACUUUUGCAAACUGUCCUGUUGAUGUCUUAACAAAUGAUGCUAUCGUCAACUUCACGGAACCAACUGCUUCAGACGGUGGAGUUGAUUUAAGUGUGUCAUGUGACCCUCCAUCAGGCUCCAACUUCGCUGAAAAUACAAAUACAACUGUAACAUGUACAGCGACUGAUGCUGCAGGAAACGAGGCAGAAGAAUUUUGUGUGUUUUUAGUAACUGUUGAUACUAUUGCUCCAAAUGCGACUUUUGCCAACUGUCCUGUUGAUGUCUUAACAAAUGAUGCUAUCGUCAACUUCACGGAACCAACUGCUUCAGACGGUGGAGUUGAUUUAAGUGUGUCAUGUGACCCUCCAUCAGGCUCCAACUUCGCUGAAAAUACAAAUACAACUGUAACAUGUACAGCGACUGAUGCUGCAGGAAACGAGGCAGAAGAAUUUUGUGUGUUUUUAGUAACUGUUGAUACUAUUGCUCCAAAUGCGACUUUUGCCAACUGUCCUGCUGAUGUCUUAACAAAUGAUGCUGUCGUCAACUUCACGGAACCAACUGCUUCAGACGGUGGAGUUGAUCUAAAUGUGUCAUGUGACCCUCCAUCAGGCUCCACCUUCACUCAAAAUAAUACAAAUGUAACUUGUACAGCGACUGAUGCUGCAGGAAACGAGGCAGAAGAAUUUUGUGUGUUUUUAGUAACUGUUGAUGUCGUUCUGCCAUCUUUUACUUUCUGCCCUGAUGACAUUGACGGUUUCGCUGACAGCGGAACCAACUCGACCGUUGUAACCUGGCAAAAUCCCACCGCGACGGACAACUUGAUAGUUGAAGGAUUCCCAACGGUGACGUGCUCACCCAAAUCAGGAAGUAGAUUUGAGAUCGGUGAGACAGAGGUAUCGUGUAUCGCAUCUGACGCGGCUGGCAAUGAAGGGGACCAGGAUUGCAACAUUCUCAUCAUGGUAACAGAAUUGAGUGCGCCAGUCAUUGUCAAUAUCACCGAUGUCACAAAUGAGACGAUGUUGAUCACAUGGACUUCAAUGGAUGAAGUGGAAAGUUUCACGAUAGUUUAUGUUGGAGGGUCUGGAAACAAAGUGCCCUUACGUGUGAACGUCACCGGAGAGAAGACGAGUCACGUACUGACGGAGCUGCAGUCUGGCGAGACGUACUCAGUGACAGUUAUUGGUGAAAAGGGUCUAGCGCUCGCAGAGAGUGAACCAAGGACUGCUACCACAGAGCUUAAUGCACCAACGAUCACAAGGACUUCCUCCUCCCAGAUGACAUCGCUGGAAAUUGAGUGGAGUUCUCCGCCCAGAGACGUCGUGAGACAGUAUAGCAUCACUUACACUGGGAUGAAUGAAGAUCUUACGACAGUAUCCAAGAUGAAAGACGGUAAUUCAACGUCAACAAUGCUGGAAGGACUUCUGUCUGGUGAAACAUACGAGUUGACUGUCACAGCUUCCAGCGGAUCUUUGGAAGGAACAGAGGUAUCCGCGACAAGCGCCAAAAAGCAUGAGACAACAGUUCCGAGAAAUGUCACUUUAGAAGAAAGCGACUCCACAGUCAGCUCAGUUACAGUGCAGUGGUCACCGCCCACCGAACCUGAGUCUACUCUUACCCCAGUGAUAGAGUUCUACACCAUCCAUUGUUCAGACGGUCAAGCCAGCCCUGCGAAGGUUAACUUCACAAAGAGUGAGACCACUACAGCCUCGUGUGUCAAUCUGUCCAAUGCUGGGGCGGUGUACACAGUGACUGUAACAUCUCACAGCCAAGGGAAGGAGGCAUCAUCAAGUUUGAUGAUCAUUGCAUUACCAAAUGGUGUUGUGCUUAAGGAGACGCAACCCACGACGACGACAUCAGUAAGUGCUAUGUGGUCUAACCCCGACGGCAAGGCAGAUAGCUUUGAAAUUGAGUGUUCAUCGGGAGUACCAAAGCCACAGAGUAUACCAGUCGAUCCUACCGACUUGGAAAACGUGGCGUCCUGCGUUGAUCUUCCCUCCCCAGGAAAUGUGUACACCAUGACGGUGUUUGUGAAGAGUGGAGGGAGGAAGAAUAGCUCCACCCACAUCCAACUCAGGGCCUUACCUGAAUCUGUGGAAGGUCUAAGGGUGACGGACUUCACCAACUCACAAGCGAUGAUUUCAUGGAGAACCCCUGUGAAUUGCGCGAACUGCGUCUUCACUUCCUUCAAGGCGUUCCGUUCGGAUGAUUCAGGAGAGCCUCAGAUCAUCCCUUUUGUAACGGGACAGGCCGAGUACGAGACUCAAUUUGGUGGACUCGUUGCUGGGGCCGAGUACACAUUCACCGUGAUUUCGCAGAGUGGAGACAAAGAGGGCCAUGGGAGUAGUACUACACAACAAAUAAAGCCUUCCCCAGUGACUGCGUUUGAGACCCCCGUCGUCAGCGCCACAUCUAUACAAGUAUCAUGGCAAGAUGUCGAUGGAGUCAAAGAUGAGUACAUUCUCUCGAUCCAACCAGAAGACGGCACCCUUAAGAAACCCGGUCCCCUCGACACCACGGCAGUGUUCAACGAUCUUAAGCCUGUUACUUUGUACACAAUUACCGUGAUAACCCGCAGUGGGCAGCAACAGAGUGAUCCUUAUAUGGAGGAGAUCCAAACCGACCCAGAUAAAGCAGACCCACCAACUGAUAAACCUUCGAACCCAUCCAAACCAUCGACAACCUCCUUUGAGGUGGAGCUGUAUGAAAGCUAUUUCAGUCAGGUCAAUGGAGACAUACAGAACUAUACGGUCAUUGUGGCACAGCAAGCUACUACAAUCCCUUCAGUGCCAGACCCAGCAGCGACAUGGUCAGCUGCCCAGACUCGGACGCCUAUUCCUCCGUAUCAGGCCUUUGUUGCUCAGGCUUAUCCCUUUCCAGCUUCAGCUUUAUCUACUCGUAAAAAGCGGCAAGCAUCAUCCCCUGUGUCUAUUCAAAUCGGUGUUGGUGACUGCAGUCCAGGCGAUGAUGUGUACUGCAAUGGUCCUCUAAGAGAUGACACCAGCUACAUCUAUCUCUUCAGAGUCUGGAACAAAGCGGGAUAUACAGACAGUCCAUUCUCUCGGCCAAUCAGAACAGCAAAUGAUACCACGUUGGAGGUGGGUCUUGGUGUUGGGAUACCUCUCACUAUCCUCUUCAUUGUCUUCAUUGUGCUGCUUCUGCUCGUUAUAAAACGUAAACGUCAACUCCAGAGGGGAGCUUCAACCACUGCCUAUGCCAAUGAAGCUUUUGCAAAUGACGUGCAAGUGCCAUUACGUAAGAGGGGAAACUCGAGACCCAUACAACUGGAGAACUUCCCUGAGCAUUACCGCUCGAUGAAAGCAGACUCGGACUACCUCUUCUCAGAAGAGUAUGAUGAGCUUCGUCCAAUCGGCCGGGACCAGUCAACCGAAGCGGCACUUCUAGACGUGAAUCGCAGCAAGAAUCGAUUCGUAAACAUUCUUCCUUAUGACCACUCAAGAGUCAAGCUUAGCCAAGUGGAUGAUGAAGAAGGAUCAGACUACAUCAAUGCUAACUUCAUUCCUGGUUACAAUUCUCCCCGGGAAUUCAUCGCAUGCCAAGGACCGUUGCCAGGGACUGUAGAUGAUAUGUGGAGGCUAGUCUGGGAACAGCGUGUAUCCACUAUCGUCAUGGUAACUCAGCUGGUCGAAAAGGGCAGAGUGAAAUGUCACAGGUACUGGCCGGUUGAUGAUGAGCCGGUUUGUUACGGUGAGAUCUUUGUUACUCGUUUAUCUGAGAAAGUACUCAAACAAUGGACAGUCCGAGAAUUCGAACUACAAAAGGGUGAGAAGAGCCGUAAACUGCGUCAUUUCAACUUCACAGCCUGGCCCGAUCAUGGGGUGCCAGAAAGCAGUGAGGGCAUCCUCCGUUUUGUACGUAACGUUCGGAACCAGAUUCCAAAAAAUAGACGUCCAACGAUCGUCCACUGUAGUGCCGGAGUUGGAAGGACGGGGACAUUCCUCAGUCUUGACCGCAUUUCUCAACAUCUCAAGGAGAAUGAGUUUGUGGAUGUGUUUGGUAUUACGUCUGAAAUGCGCAUGCAUAGGAACUACAUGGUGCAGACAGAGAAACAAUAUAUCUUCAUCCACGACUGCAUAAUGCAUCUUCUACAAGGAAGAUCAACUAAUGGGGAAGCCCACUACGAGAAUAGGGUGUAAAGAACCUAGAGGUAUGUUUGCACUAAGCUAGCUAAUAAUGCUUACCCUCGAUUGGGAUUUACUGUUACUCAAAUCAGAGAUCUCUUUUGCCAUCAACCUAGAGGUAUGUCUGCACUAAGCUAGCUAAUAAUGCUUACCCUCGAUUGGGGUUUACUGUUACUCAAAUCAGAGAUCUCUUUUGCCAUCAACCUAGAGGUAUGUCUGCACUAAGCUAGCUAAUAAUGCUUACCCUCGAUUGGGGUUUACUGUUACUCAAAUCAGAGAUCUCUAAUAGGGGUUGGAAGUGUAAGAAGAUGAGAGGGAGAUAAUCUACGCAACUUGUGGAAGAGUUGAGCGACUAUGCAAGGUUAUUUUGAGGUGUUCCCGAGAUGACGAUCACUUAUGAAUGGAAACCUACAAUAUGUAGAGUACAAUCAAUUGUUGUGCGAAAUUGUUUGUAUCGCAAACCUUCGAAGUUGAUGCUAUUUUCUAUACUUUUCUAUGCUUUAUUAUUUUACAAGGUCUAUUGUGUUCUAAAGGAAUUAUUAAGUGAUUUUGAUUUUCUCUGAAAAGUCUGUCCUUACUUUCCGAGGCCAGCUACGCAACUUUGCUGAGUCGCACACACAAAUGUUAAGACGGUGAAAGAAAUGUUUCUGGCCAGAUAUGGUUGGCAACUUGUUCCCUGCAGAUUUUAUUGCUUAAACAGCUCUUUGAAAAAUUUGUCAAAAAUUGAGAAAAUCCACGAAACGUGUAUAAUGUGUGCUAACUCAUGAUCAAAAAUAAAAUCAUCUUGCAACUGUUUAGUUACAGUACUCGUGUUAAUAUUUAAGAAUUGUUGUUUAAUGUCAAAACUCUACUAUUUUAAUCGAAAAAAAAUUGCCAAAAAAAUGCCAAAAUAGUUUUGAAUUUCAGCUGCAACUAGCUAUGAUAUGAUAAUUUAAAUUGAUGUAUAUUCCUUAGAAAUCCA